CUCAAGUAAGCACAAACACCGCGAUCAUGGUUAAUCCUCUCAACGCCGUCAAUCAGGCCCAGAAUCCCAAGCUGGACCAGUCUUUGGACUAUGAUGUUCUCAUUAUUGGUGCAGGCCAGAGUGGCCUGUACUCACUGCAUCGGACGCGCCAACUUGGUUUGAAAACAAGAGUUCUUGAAGCAGGCUCGGGGGAAGGAGGUACUUGGUUCUGGAACCGUUAUCCUGGAGCACGGUUUGACUCGGAAUCCUACUCAUACAUCUUCUCGUUCGACCAGUCUUUACUAGAUGAGUGGGAUUGGAGCGAGCACUAUGCGGGCCAGGCGGAGACUCUUGCGUAUUGCCAAUUUUUCGCUAAGAAAUUCGGGCUAUAUGAAGACAUGCAGUUCAACACCCGCGUAUCUACGGCGCGUUGGCAGGAGAAUUCAAACUCAUGGGUUCUCACGGAUGAAGAUGGCAAAACGUAUACCUCAAGAUUCGUCAUCAGCUGCAUGGGCGUUCUCAACCAGGCAACCCUGCCUGCAAUUUCUGGUGUACACGACUUUAAGGGCGCUGCAUUUCACACAUCUCGUUGGCCGGCAGAUGCCAGUGUCGUCGAUGGGAAAAGGGUGGGCAUCAUUGGCACAGGUGCAACGGCCAUUCAGACGAUCCAAGAGAUAAAGAAGACUGUAGGCUCGUUGACUGUCUUCCAGCGCACUCCGAACUGGACCGCUCCUCUCCGCAACUCCAAGAUCACGCGCGAAGAGAUGGACGAGAUCCGCCGAAACUACCCAGCCAUCUUCCAGAGCUGCCUUGACUCUUACUCCUGCUUCAUCCACCAGUCCAAUCCUAAGUCGGUCUUCAGCGUUGGGGAUGAGGAGCGCGAAGCCUACUGGGAAGAGCUGUACGCUAAGCCUGGGUUCGCGAAGUGGCUGUCCAACUUCUACGACAUCAACACAGACCCUGUAGCCAACAAGCUCUAUUCGGAUUUCAUUGCAAAGAAGAUCCGUCAGCGCGUCACUGAUCCCGUUGUUGCAGAGAAACUCAUCCCCAAGAACCACGGCUUUGGUACGAGGAGGGUGCCGCUCGAGGGCGGAUACUAUGAAGCAUUCAAUCAGCCAAACGUCAAGCUUGUCGAUAUCAACGAGAACCCGAUAGAGUGCAUUCACGAAAAAGGCAUCAAGACCAAGGAUGAAGACUUCAAAUUUGACGUCAUCAUAUAUGCCACUGGUUUCGACGCAGUGACCGGCUCUUUCAGUGCUGUAGAUAUCCAAGGUAUUGGAGGCAAGAAACUCAGAGACGAGUGGGCCAACGGCAUUCAAACGUAUCUUGGCCUGACCGUGCAUAACUUCCCCAACUUUUACAAUAUCAUGGGUCCGCAUCAAAUGUUUGGAAAUAUUCCACGCAGUAUAGAAUAUGCCGUGGAUUGGGUCGCCGAUUUCAUCAAGUACUUGGUCGACCACGAAUUCGUCGUCGCAGAAGCCACAGAGGACGGUCAAAGAGCGUGGACCAAACAUGUACACGACUGCGCGACAGGCAUGUUGGCGCUGGAAGUAGAUAGCUGGAUAACUGGAGUGAACAAAAACGUAGCUGGAAAGCAAAAGCGGUCAAUAGCAAGGUAUUGGGGACCGGCUAGAGGCUUCCGAGCGAGAUGUGACGAUGUCAAGGCAAGAGAGUACGAGGACUUGAGGCUGGUCAAGGCUUUAUAGACCUUUUGUUUCAUCCCACAAUGCAUUUUAUCAGACUUAUGCCAAGUCUGAUCAG